AUGAAACUCUCUGCUAUCCUGGCUUUCGGAGCUCUCCUCCUCGGCGAUGCCACUUCUGCCCAAGAUUUCCGAUUUCGCCCCCAGAUUCUCGAGAAUAACACGACCUGGCCUUUGGAAGGUGCCAUAAUGAAGAUACCAGAUGGACCUAAGAAUCAAAGCCUGCCCCACAAGUGCCCAAUGCCAAGGGAUUCUAUGUUUGCUAUAGUGUCUCAAAAGAUUCUGGGCAAUAAGAAGCCUAGGUGCAGGCAGUUCAACAUAACUGCUGGAGAAACGCUCAGCGGAUUCCCCCAUUUCCCAACCCGCCAAGUCCAUGCAUUCACCUUCCCCAAUCAAACUUUCUUCGUCCAAUCAGCCCUCCCCGGAUCGGAGUUAGUAUCCAUCGAGAAACAGAAAAACAUUUGGGUGAAGAUACCAGGAGGAAUGACUGUCACGUGCUACGAGGGGAAUGAGGGACUACCUCACUGCGUGUUCAGACUUUGA